UCCCUGUUGGCUUCUUGUUGUUAUAAAAGAGGCGACAAAUAGUUACUGGGCAGUGCGUUCCAUACUGCAGUCAUGGAGAAUCUACAGAGAAGAGCAAAUGACAGUUCAGACAAACAUUUACAUGCUGCCUAUAGAAUAUUUGGACAAGGUGGAUCCACUUGUCCUAACAACCGACUGAUUAUACUGUGUCUGGGACUGUUGAAUGCUGUUUUGCUGAUAGUUGCUGUUGUUAUUGGGAUUAACUGUGCCAAAGUCAAAGACGGUUCCCACCAGGUUUCUCACUCAGCUGCAACACAGCUCAUCAAUGAGCUGAACGAUCUCCGUAGCAACCACAGUGAUGUUAUUGAGUCUGCAGAACAGGCCAAGAAGGCGUUAGAGAGGGAGGUCAAAAACCAUGCAGAACUAAAGAUGAAAAUUGAGCAGCAGAGGACUAUCAAUGACGGUUAUCAGAAGCAGAUUGAGGCACUGCGAGCAGAGAAGACAAAUCUGCAAUCUAAUAUAUCAGCUUUGGAGGGAAGCUGUGGCGGAUGCCUCCCUGGAUGGCCUCUUUUCAACUCAACCUGCUAUUUCUUUUCUUACUCUGAAUCUACUUCUGUCAAGAAGAACUGGCCAGACAGCAGAGCAGACUGUGUUAGACGUGGAGCUGACCUGGUUGUGAUCGAUAACCAGGAGGAGCAGGUAUUUGUGAGUGACAACAUCAAAAUUGGCUAUAAUGAAUGGACCACCGGACACUGGAUCGGUCUCACUGACAUAGAGACAGAGGGGACAUGGGUCUGGAUUAAUAAUGUCACUGAGGUGGAGGAAAGGUACUGGGCGGAUGGAGAACCAAACAACCAUGGACCCCGGGGAGAGAACUGCGCCAUUACAGUUUACAGACACACCAAUCCAUGGAAGACCCGGUAUGAUGGAAAGUGCGACGAGCAUCAGUUAUACUGGAUGUGUGAAAUGCCAUCAAGUGCCAAAGUCAAAGACGGUUCCCUCCAGGUUCCUCACUCAGCUGCAACACAGCUCAUCAAUGAGCUGAGCUAUCUCCGUAGCAACCACAGUGAUGUGAUUGAGGCCGAAGAGGAGGCCACAAAGGCUUUAGAGAGGGCGCUCAAAAACCAUGCACAGCUAAAGGUGAAAAUUGAGCAGCAGAGGACCAUCAAUGACGGUUAUCAGAAGCAGAUUGAGGCACUAAUGGAACGGAGAGAAAACUCACGUUGUAAUUCAGAUGGUGGAUUUAACACACUGAUUUGUCAAGAGGAUUUGUACGACGACCCACCCUCUAACCAAAACAGGCGACAAGUGUCCAUGUCCAAUAUGAUACCUGGGAGACAGGGCAGGCUGGCUGUAGUGAGCCUGGCACUAUUUGCUGCUGUUCUACUAAUAGUUGAUAUCAGCCUGGGGGUUCACUACAAUAGACUCACAGAUACCCACCUCACAAUCGAUGAUACAGAACACAUCGAAAAUGAGUUGAACAAACUCCAAGAAACUUACAAGACUGCCAUCAAAACCAUGAAGGACGCCAAGAAACAGGUGGACAGCGAGAUGAGUCGUCAGACACAAACCAACUGGGAGCUUGAACAUCAGACAAAAAGAACAAGUGACUAUGAAGCACAGAUUAAGAAGAUUACAGGGGACAUUGCAUCACUGAGAUCCCACUUACCAAUGAUCCAUGAUGGCUGCAGACACUGUCCAGCAGGAUGGCUUUUGAUGAACUUAGUGUGUUAUUACUUCCCCUUCUCGGAUGGUGCUGGAUACAAAACCUGGCAAAAAGCCAGAGAAUUCUGCCAGAUGCACGGUGGUGAUCUUGCAGUCAUAGACAACAAAGACAAAGAGAACGCAACUGUAAGGGUCCUGAUAAAUAAUCAUGACGCUUCAAAAAACAUUAAUGGCUUCUGGAUUGGACUGAGAGAUUUGCAUGAGGAAGGGACUUGGAAAUGGUUGGAUGGAACAAUACUGGUUGAAGGGUACUGGAAUGAUGGUGAGCCCAACAACCAGGAUAAUGAGGACUGUGCAGCUAUAUAUCCCAGAAGCAACCCCUUCAAGGCCUGGAAUGAUGCUCCAUGCAAUUAUAACCUGAAAUGGAUUUGCGAAAUGGUACCAAAGUCAACACCUUAGAGUAGUUUUUAAAAACUUUUAAAAAAGGUUUAAAGUGUUUUAAAAACAUUUAUUUUUAGUUUGAUAUUUUCAAUGAAGAAUUACAUCCAUAUUAGAGACUUUUACACAUCCUCUGAAUUGUUCUUUUAUUGUCAUGUCAAUUUUUGUUGAGACUACCAAAAGCUUGAUGUGUGGUAUAAAUCAUUAAGAGCAGUGUUUGGAGCGUCAUUUAGCAGUGAGAUGUUGUUGUUGUUGUUCAGAUGUCGCUGGAGCUAUGUCAUUUGGUUCUGGCAAUUCCCAAAUGGCCACCAUCUUGGCCUUUUCACAUCCUGAAUUCAAAUGUGAAAAUGUACCACAGAUACACCACUGUCUCUACUAGGGAAACACAUUCUGUUUAACUAAGUUAUACAUAUACCUAAUAAACUGGUAAUUAAGUAUAUAUGUACAAAACUAAUGCUCUUGUCGAUUCCCAUGAUUGACCAACCUGCCAACCUUUUAGCCUUCUAGUAUCUAUUCCAUUGUGAAUAAUUGUGAAGAAUAAAAACGUAUAAUGUAUAUGUAAGUGAAAUAGAAAAGUGUUAUUGACUUGACAAUAAUAUAUUAAGUCAUGUGUGGAAAUACUAUACAAAUAUGCAAAUAAAGGUCUAUUUUGUUUGCUGAGA